AUGAAAAAGCUGACAACAGUUCGAGCAUGGACCUCACUGGGUGCUGGCAAAUUCGGUUUGUAUGAAGUCUUCAAAGUAAAAUAUCGAGAGCUCAUGGGAGACGACUUUUACCACAGAUUCACCAGCUUAAUUUAUUUGGCUGCAUCAGCCAGCGCCGAAUUUUUUGCUGAUAUCUUACUAUGUCCAUUGGAAUCCGUAAAGGUUCGUGUCCAGACAAUAGACGGUUACGCAAACGGCGUAAUGGACGGAAUCCCCAAAAUGAUCAAUGAAGAGGGCUUCGGCACAUUGUACAAGAGUAUCGUGCCCCUAUGGUUCCGACAAAUCCCUUACACGAUGAUGAAGUUUGCCAGCUUUGAAAAAACCGUCGUACUACUCUACAAGUAUGUCGUCCCCAAACCGAGGGAGCAGUGCACAAAAGGGCAGCAGCUGAUUGUGACUUUUGCAGCAGGCUAUAUCGCAGGAGUGUUCUGCGCCGUUGUUUCGCAUCCAGCUGAUACUCUGGUGUCGCAAAUGAGCAAACAGAAGGGAGUGAGUGCCAAAGAAAUUGCUCAAAAAUUAGGCUUCUACGGUUUGUGGAAAGGACUCGGCCUGAGGAUCGCCAUGAUAGGUACAUUGACAGCCUUGCAAUGGUUCAUAUAUGACGGAUUCAAGGUUUAUAUGCGCAUGCCAAGACCUCCACCUGCCUAA